AUGGAAGGCCCGUUUGCUCUACGUCUCUUGCUUGAGACGCCUUCACUUCUGGUCGGCAUCCUCGCCUCGGCCCUCCUAGCACUCUACCUGCUAUACCGGCACACGCAACAGCAACAGGUCUUCGUGCGGCCAUUUGCGAAGCCAUUCGUGCUGCUCUCGGACUUCCGUGAGGUACAGGCCAUGAUGCUCAGCCGACCGAAGGACUUUGAUCGAUCUCGCAUCUUUCGGGACAUUCUGGGCGGCGCCGGCGUGCAUCAUCAUAUCCUGAAAAAGACGAACUCGGCGUGGCGGGCUCAGAGAAAGCUAUUGAGCGAUCUGAUGACCCCUGCGUUUAUCCACAAUGUUGCUGCGGCACAUGUCUACGAAGCAAUUGACAAUAUCAUCGAGCUAUGGGAAGCCAAGGCUAGAAUUGCAGAUGGCAGACCUUUCAACGUGGAGUUGGAUGCUUAUUAUCUCGCGCUCGACGCAGUGGUGGCUUUCAGCUAUGGAAACAGCUACUCCGAGAGAGCCCUGACGCCACAAAUCGAGCUUUUGAACAGCCUUACCAAAGACGAGAUUGCAGCACUGAGACAAGGCGAUUCUGAUCAUCUUAUUGAGUUCCCGGAGGCGAAAGUCCACGAAGCCUUGGCCGCAACCUUGACGAUGGUGCAAAUGACGGACAAGCUCCAGUCCAGCGUUGUGCCACCUUUCACAUGGUGGUGGUUGAGUAAGACUGCCAAAAUCCGCAAAGCCUGGUCGGCUCGCGACCGGUUUGUUACUGGGGAGAUCGAGAAGGCAGUGUCUAGACUUCAGGGGCAAGGUGAUGACGAUGGAUGGAUGCGAUGUGCGGUUGAUCUGAUCGUCAGUCGAGUAAGGCAAUUUGCUGCGAAAGAGGGUCGAUCACCGGAGUAUGUGACACCGGUGAUUAUAGAGGAAGUGUUCGGUUUCGUCAUGGCUGGCCAUGAGAGCAGUUCUAGCACGCUGAUAUGGGCUCUGAAAUACCUAACCAACCAUCCUGAGCUGCAGAAGAAGCUCCGGGAUACAUUACACAAGGCACACGAGGUCGCAUUCAAGGAAAAACGGCCACCAACGGUCGACGAGAUUAUCCACACACAGAUACCGUUCUUGGACGCCGUCAUGGACGAGGUUCUCAGAUUCGGCACGCCUAUACCCUUCCUCGCACGGGACGCUGAGUUGGACACAGAGAUACUUGGUGUUCACAUUCCAAAAGGCACCGUGGUUUUUACUCAUACUCUUGGCCCGAGCAUGAUGACGCCUCCAGUGGAGGGAAUUGACAGCAAAUCGCGGUACCCAUCAUCGGAUGGGUCCAGAACGGGCGAAUGGGCGGCCGAUGACAUGUCUAAGUUCCGCCCUGAGCGCUGGUUGAAGGAGACAAUCAACAAUGAGACAGGAGAGAAGGAGUAUGUGUACGAUCCCAACUCCGGCCCUUUCCUCGCAUUUGGGCUCGGGCAGAGAGGUUGCUUUGGAAGAAGGCUCGGCCUAUUUGAAUUCCGCAACUCUCUCACGAUGCUGAUAUGGCAUUUCGAGUUUUUGCCAGUGCCAGCUGCUCUUUCUGGUUAUGCAGCAAGAGAUGGACUAACGAGGCGGCCAAAGGAUGCGGUUGUGAGGCUGAGGAGGGUUGUGUAUUAA